CCUAUCUGUAAAGCGUAAACUAAUCUCCGAAUCCUUCCCAGGAUUUAAAACCGUUUUCUAGUGUUAUUUCCUUCAGGGAUGUUUUAGAGUUGUGGUUUUGGUCUGGGUGUUGGUAUCCCCUUGUUUUUUCCUUUUUUUUUCCCUCCUACUGUUAUCUCUGAAAUUACUGUAACCUGAAAAUCUUUUUUUUUUGUUGUUGUUUUUCAGUUGCAAUUUCUGAGCAGUUUUGUCCAGAAGACUGUGCUCAGGUUAUGACGACUAAUCCCAAACCGAACAAGGCAUUAAAGGUAAAGGAGGAGUCGGGAGAGAAUGCCCCAGUGCUGAGUGAUGAUGAACUCGUGUCAAUGUCCGUGCGGGAGCUGAACCAGCACCUUCGGGGUCUCACCAAGGAGGAGGUCAUCCGUCUGAAGCAGCGGAGGCGCACGCUGAAGAACAGGGGCUACGCUGCCAGCUGCCGCAUCAAGCGCGUGACUCAGAAGGAGGAGUUAGAGAGGCAGCGGGUUGAGUUGCAGCAAGAGGUGGAGAAGCUGGCCAGAGAAAACAGCAGCAUGAAGCUAGAGCUGGACGCCUUGCGCUCCAAGUACGAAGCACUCCAGACCUUUGCUCGUACUGUGGCGCGAGGGCCCAUCACCCCGACCAAAGUGGCCACCACCAGUGUCAUCACCAUCGUGAAAUCAGCCGAAAUCUCAUCCAGUUCUGUGCCGUUUUCAGCAGCGUCCUAGUGCCCUCGGUUGGGGAACUAGCAGCCUUUCAGAGGGGAGGGGAAAAGGCUCUUAUGCAUUGUUCGUUCCAGCGUCCUGGGUCACGUCAAGAAUUGGCAUUUUAACAGUUCUCUUCCAAAAGUGCAAAAAAAAAAAAAAGAAAAAAAGGAAAAAAAGAAGAAAAAAAUAAAGAAAAAUAAUCUACAAAGGGAACUUAACUGGCUGCUUCUCUCUGGACUCGGUGGCUCCAUCAACGUCUCGUGUCCAGGAUUUGAGCUCUGUAUGCAGUACAAAUAGCAAGAUCUGCUUCCUCCUUCCCCUGCCUCCUCAACCCCGUCUAGGCCGUGGGCAGCUUUCCAGCUGGGAGAAGAUACCUGAGAAGCCUCCGAAGUCUUCAUGAAUGAUGCUCAAGAGCUGGGAAACAGAUGGACCGUAGAAAUCAUCAUGUGAGAUGAAUAUAUGGAAAAGAGUUUCCUUUAGUGGCAUCCUGCUCCCUGUAAGAAAGAUCUCAGCUCCCCUCCCUACUUCCAUCUGCUAUUACGAGGGCAGGGAAAUAGGCGUUUUGGAGUGGAUUUCAUCCUGCCAUGAAUGGAUGGGAGUGGGAGGAUGAUGGAGACUAAUGCUUGGGUCUGACCACACCCAUUAGGAAUAACCUUCUGUUUUCAAUCCAUGCUGUUAAAAUAUGGAAAAAUAUAUAUUUUACAUAUUUUAAUAUGCCCCAUUACCUGUGUGGCCUAUGAAAACUAUAUUGCAGCCUCCUUUAUUCCAAACCAAUUUUCCCAAUAGCUCCUUCCCUAAGGUGUGCCUGUGAAUUGGGUAUAUUUAUGCAGUUUAUUUCUUCCGAAUGAUCCGCAGUCUUGAAGUAGCAGCUUAUUUUUCUUUUUUUAUGGAUUCCCUGAAGCUUAAGGGAAGGAGACACAGUGAAUGCUGUGAAGAGCUGCGUGAUGGCGAGGAGUAGGGGAGACGAGGAGGAGAAGUGCUAGGAGUAUUAUUAGGAGGCAGAGCUGACUGCGAGAAGGUAGGAGCAAUCUGCUGGGAUCAGCACUAUGAUAAGGAGUUUCUACGGAAUAUUUUAGAAAGAUGUUUUUAAAGCACUGACGUGUAACUAGAGGGCAAUGGCAAAAAGACAGGAGGAGAGGAGUUGUAGAGCCUCCUCAUUGACAAAAGCCUUGGUAGGUAAGCAAGGAUUGACGCCGCUGGAGAGCCAGGCUCACCAGUCUUGGACCAGAGAGGGGCUAUGGGGUAGUUGGAUGGGAGUCUUAAGAGUUUUUCCUCUCUGUAUUGUGUCAGGCACUGACAUUGGCAUCCAAAGAGUGCAGUUCACAACCCUCAGUGUUCAGACAACCUGUGUGAAUGUGACCCUGAAACUUGACAUUUUCUCGUGGGAAUCUGUGAAUUAUCCCAAGAGAUGGACAGAAGGCAGGUUAAAAAUCGGCGUGUGCAAGGGACGGUAAAAUUGGGAUUGAGAAGUCGUGCAUGUGGCUCCGAGCAGUGGUUUAGGAGAAGGAGUUCUGGCUCAGCAAUGGGCAGGAAGUGGGAAGCCGAAGGAGAGAUUCUGCUGUUCUGCAACAGCACUGCAAAGACAAAUGUUUCCAGGUCACUGUAAAAAUAGCUAUGUUGGUGUUCGUGUGUUUUGUUUUGUUUUCUUUUUGAACUAGGAAAGCAAAGGGAUGGUGAGUUUCGUAGGGCAGGUCAGAGACUUGUGGAAUGGACGAUGCCUGUUAUCGCACAAAUGAGAAGAGGAUGAGAUUGCUGAAGUUUAAGCUGAGGAGAAGAAUUUAGAGAGAUGGGGCUCUAAAAUAUAAAACGAAAUGAAUGAGUGUUCAGGACUGAAAGAGAAUAAUCAAGUUCCCCCGUUGCUUUUAAAGGACAGUAAACCCACAUCCAAGACUCAGUAUAAUAGUGUUGUUCAAGGCUUUGUCUUGUCUUGAGCGACACUUAAGUUUAAAUUUUAUUGAAGCUCUAUUUGUCUUUGGAAGAAAUUAAUUGUCAGCUUGCCUUUUUUUUUCCCUUUUUCUUUCCCUUCCUCUCUUCACCUUGUCAUUGGAUCAUUGGAGUCUCGGGAUUUCCCAAGUGGGUCCUUUGUGAAAUAGGUUAAUGAAAAGAGACGCCUCAGACUUGGUUCUCAUUCAGUCCUCAACAUCUGCAUUCGUGACCUUACUGAGCCAGAAGGGGUGCAAAUGAAACGUUUCCCGAAGGCUUGUGACUCCUGCCAGAUCCACACGUUAUGGAGGGGCGCAGGGAGUUUCCUUCGAGGGAUAUUUCUUUUCCAACGUGCACAGUUUGGAUGACACUUAGCGUUACCUCAUUUCUCCUCCACCCCCUCCCUAUCUCCUAACAGGCAGACUGAUGUCCUGUGUAUCAUACCAGUUAUUGACUCCCACAGCAGAAGCUGAGGAAGAGAAAGAUGUUACUGUCAUUUCCCGGUCCUCUCAUGUUCUCCAGCUCGCAAGCAUUGGAAAAUUUCCCAGACCUUACAGGUGCCUCCAAAACCAGGCAAAAUGGAGACUCCUGGCACUGUUGGGGCUUUAGAUGAAAACUUCAAAGAAAAAGGCCAGUUGACUUGAAAAUGCCCACAUGCUUCCAGUUCUUAAAACAGCUCCAGAGCUCCAUAAUAUUCCUGGCUAGAUAGGAACUCCCCUCUGACCAUCCUCAGUCCCUGCCAAGGGAACUUGGAUCAGUUGCUCAGAGGAGGAUGGAGGUUGAACUUUGUUC